GACUGACCGAGACAUUCGCUUGGCGACCGCGACCAUGAGAGCAUUAAACUCUCUUCGUGUUCUCAUCCCAAUUGUAUUACUGGCAGUUUACCUUAAUUUUGUGGCGUCACGAAGUAUCGGCGACGAUGGGGGAGUAAUUGAUAAGAAAGUAUUGGAGGUGAAAGAGAAGGUUGAAGGAAGCGGAGAGGGAAUCAGGAGAUUUGACGCUGUCAUCGAAGAAUCAGAGAAGGAAGAGGAGCAGCAGCAACAGCAGCAGCAGGAGCAGGGCCACAGCUCAUCAAGUGAUGAUAGUAAGGUCAGUGCUAAGGAACAUGUGGGAAUUGAUAAGGAAUCGAAAGUGACGGUUGAUGAUACUGCUGGGGAAUAUCACAGUCGUUCGGUCAAACGAAAACUAGAUGUAGGUGAUAUUGAUGACAGCAUCUCCAAGCAUGAUGAGGAGAUGAUUGUCAAUCUAAGUGACACUCCGAAGAAAGAGAUGGAAACACCUAAUGGAGUGGUUCAAGUCCAUCAGGUACAAGAAUUGAUACCUGUGCAGAUCGAUCAUGUCAGCUCGUAUGAACCGAAUUUUGCCGGCGAAAACGCUGUUCGAAAAUCAUUAGAGGUUGUGGGAGAUGAGGAGAAAAAUGAUGAUGAGGAGGGAGAGGGGGAGGCCCGGAGUGAGCGGAGCAGUGACAUGAAGAAGAAGAAGAUGAAGGAGGUGAAGGAAGAGGGGAAUGAGUCAAUUGUCCAUAAAUGGAUACAGCAGGCAAUGGAGCUUCAGGGUCAAUUGAAGAAUCGUACAUUUUAUCAACAUCUGCAGGAACAAGUGGUUGAGGUACUCCCGGACAUUCCGACAUUCACGGACAUUCAGUUAUUGGAGGCGUUAAAGACCAUCUCCUCGAAAAAAUCAUCAGGGUCUGUUGAGUCGUAUAUCAAAAGUGCAAAUACUUCGGGGCUGGAUGACAAACAACUGGAGAUAAUCAGAUGCGCUGAGGGUCUAGUUGCCGAGAAACAACGUCAAAGCUUCACUGAAAAUAUGAUGGAAUGCGUCAAGGGGCUCAAUAUUCUCAAUUGUAUGAGGAUUUUCAUCUGGCCGAUCAUCGCUGAAAAUGUACCUGAACGCAUUAUGCAGAGCUUUCCAACGUUACCUAUCGAAGUAUCCCUCAAUGAUUUUCUGCCAAAUGAACAGACAAAGCAAUCCAAGAUUAUCCAUGGAGCUCAUCAGCAACGGCUACUCAUGCCCGAAACUAUAGUCACAAAUAUUCUCAAGGAUGCUUUAGCUGCAGGACCACACGAUGAGAAUAUUCCCACUCAGAUUGAUCCCGAGAAUUUCGGAAAAUUACUGACUCCUGGACAGCUGGACAUCCUGAAGAUGGCAGAAAAGUUUUUACCGGAACCUGUGCGACAAGAGUACUCCGGUAAGAUGCACUCGUGUGUCCGAAGGUUCGAGUAUUUCAGCUGCGUCAAGUACUUCACAUGGCCCAUGGUAAAGCAAUAUUAUUCGGCGCUACCGGAAUUCCCGGACUAUCAGACCUGGUAUCCAUCGACAAUUAGUCUUUACCCAGGGUAUCCAAUCGUACCUUUUCCGGAUUUAUCUGAUAACAAUGGACAGCUACCGGAGGUCAUCGAAGCCGAUGGCUUUGUCCACAGAACACCGAGGCCUGAGACGAUUAUUUUUCAACUUCUGAGAAACACUGUCGAUGAGCAAUCUCGGCAUCAAGGAACAGCGGCAAUAUACGCACUUCCUGACAGUAAUUCCAUGACUCCUGAACAACUCGCUUCGAUUCAAAUGGCCCAGCAAUUGGUACCCCUUUCCCAUCGCGCCGAAUUCGUCGACAAGACAACAAAGUGCAUUCAAGAAUAUAAUUAUCUCUUCUGUACUAAGUAUUCAACCUGGCCAGCGCUUAGAAAGUUUCAGCCUCAUUUACCGGCUUUUACAGAUCUAGAGAGUGCUUUUGGAAAUUUUUUUAACAAACUUCCGAAUUUUGGUAGCCUUUUCAGUGGAGACUCGAAUAAUAAGAAAAAUUUGACAGCACUCUUUGGUGGAUGGCCGUGGGCUGGCAGUAGUGGUCAGGGAUCCGGUUCAGGAGAUGGCUCUUCAGGAGGAGGCUCUUUUGGUGGCACAGGCUAUCCAUCCUUUCCAGGAAUAGGGGGAUCUGGUGGAGGAGGUCAAACUCCCCUAUUUCCAGGGACAGGAGGAUCAGGUGGAGGAGGUUACCUACCAGUAUAUCCAGGUAAUGGAGCAGGAUCAGGUGGAGGAGGUUAUAUACCAGGUUUUCCAGGUACUGUUGGAUCAUCAGGUGGAGGAGGCUAUAUCCCGGGCUUUCCAACUUCUGUAGGAGGACCUAAUGGAGGAGGACAAUUUCCAGGAGUUGGCGGAUUAGGUGGCACCAUACCAAAUCCAUCUGGGGGUACUAUUACAUGGGCUGGUAUACCAGGCAUUAAGCCCCCCGGAACUAUCACCUGGGGUGGGACUGGAGGUAGCAGUGGAGUUAGUGGGGUAGGUUCACCUACUCCUGGCGGUGGCAACUUAGCUGGUUCGGGACAGAGUGGAGGCGGUUCAAGUUCUUCGAUCGGAAAUAUUCCAUGGACUGGGGCACAAGGAUCGGGCCCAUCUACCAGCGGUUUUCCAAGUGGAUCUAUAAAUGGUGGAGCUGGGAGCCAAUCUGGAGGGAGUGGUACUUCAAUUCCUUCUGGCGGAAAUACGCCAUGGCCAGGACAAGGAGGACAAGGACAAGGACAAGGACAAGGACAAGGGCAAGGACAAGGACAAGGACAAGGAGGACAAGGAUUAGGAUCAUCUGGCAGUGGCAAUCCAAGUGGAGGUGGGUAUGGGCAGCCUGGAGGAGGUAGCUCUGUGAUUUCUCCCACCGGAAAUAUUCACGGGAGUGGAGGACAAGGAACUGGAUUGCCUGGUAGUGGUAGUCCAAGUGGAUCUUCUAGUGGUGGGUAUGGGCAGUCUGGUGGUAGCGUAGGCGGCUCAUCAGGUGGUGGGUCUGGACCGAGUACAGGUAGCAAUUCCGGUUCAUCUGUCGGAAAUACUCCAUGGGUUGUAGGACAAGGUUCAGGUCCAAGUGGAGCUUCAAGUGGAGGAUAUGGGCCAUCUGUAGGAGGUGGCCCUUUAAUACCUUCUCUCGGAAAUAUUCCAUGGGCUGGAGGUCAAGGAACAGGGUCGUCUGCCAGCGGUAGCUCAAGUGGAUCCUCUAGUAGUGGAUCUGGACAAUCUGGAGGAGCAGGAGGAAGCAACUCAGGGCCGUCUACGGGGGGUAAUCCCUGGGCAAUGGGACAAGGAUCAGGAUCAUCAGGUGGCAGCAGCUCUAGUGGAUCUUCAAGCACGGGAUCUGGUGGUGGACAAUCUGGUGAGACUGGCAGUUUAAUACCUUCUAUUGGUAGUAUCCCAUGGGGAUCAGGACAAGGAUCAGGUAUGUCAGGCAGCAGCAGUUCUAGUGGAUCCUCCAGUAGUGGAUCUGGGCAAUCAGGCAGUGGCUCAAUUCCUAGCGGGGGUAUUAUCAAUUGGGGAGGAGUAAAUGGUGGUUCGUAUCGUCCUGAUGGCAGUGGAGUUCCGGCGAAUGUUCCGAAUUUACCAGGACUUAUUGAACAAGGAGGUGGAAAUAGUGGAUCACCUGGGGGAUCGUCAGAUUCUCCACAGAGUUCUGGGAGCUCUAGUGGGCCUUUGGUCAGUGGAUUAGGAGAAUCGGGUAGCAGUACAAUUCCUGGUGGCGGUACGAUCAGCUGGAGUGGAGGAAAUACUGGAUCGUCCCGUCCAGAAGGGGAUACGGGUGGUGGGUUGCCUCAAAUGUCAACGGAAGGCGGCCUUUCUUCAGGAUCUGGUGGUGGCGGUAAUGGCGGUUACAAACCAAAGCCUUAUAAAUUACUCGCAAAUGAACAAGUUGACGAUUCUGAAGAAUUACUAACCAAAGACACUCCUGAGAGUCUUCCACAAAAAGUUCUAGAGGCAAAGAUUAUUGAUAUUUUGUACAACCUUCGAUAUACAAUUCCCGAGAGUGCGCUCACGUCUAUUCCCGUCGGUGGCCCAAGAGCAGUAUUAUCCCAACUCAAUGACGGUCAAAUAAUCAUUCUAUCCCUCGCCAAAAGUAUAAUUCCCUCCUCCAUGAGACCUGAUUUUGCUUCGCAGACCGUAGGAUGUCUCCAAGGCGGAUCGAAUUUUUUGGAUUGCACGAAAAAUGUCAUCUGGCCUUUUCUAAAAUACUAUAUACCAAAUAUACCGGCAUUUCCCGAUGAUAAACCUCAAGCGUUAGACAAACAUUCACCGGAAUUAGACUUCAUCCCAGGGAAACACUACUCCCUCGAGCCUGUGUCAUAUUCUCCAUUCAUAAGUCAACAACAAUUGUCUCAGCUAUUUAGACAACCCAUUCAAAUACUUGGUAGAUCACCACUGCGAUCAGAAAUCUCCGCGAAAGCCGAUGAGCAACCGAUUAUUUCGAUCACCGAUCCCAAAUUCGUUCCAAUCUACACAGAUCACCCGGACAGUGUUGUUCUUAAAAUUCUCUUAGCUAUGGCCGAUUCUGUGGAGCAAUCCAAUCCUCCGGAUUACCGCAGCAGAAUACCAGCAUUUAUCACCUUCUAUUCCACCCUCAACUCAUCAUUAAAUGACGAACAGGAGCAAAUUUUGAGGACCACUGAAUACUUGAUACCUGAAUCAAGUCGUCAGGAAUUCUUCAACCAAAUAUUAGUAUGUCUAAUAGACAAUACUUUUCAAAAUUGCUCGCGAAACAACAUUUGGCCGGCCCUGGCUAAGCACUAUCCGAGCAUCCCAAGUUUUCCAAAUUUCCAAGAGAGCUCCUCCCACGACAACUCAGCUCCUUCCGAAGAUUAUCGACGCAUAUCAGAGACCGAUGUGAAGACUGGCCAUCAUGGAGAUACUGUUGUGACAAUAACAGACACAAGAUUUGUUCCCAUUUUCAGUGACCACCCAGAGGAAAUUAUACUGAAAAUGCUAAAGACCAUUCAACCGCCUUCUCUCAAUCACAUAAAUGGCCCACCUUCAUCGAUUGCUAAAUCUCCAUCCUACGUAUCAGUCUUCACAAAGCCACAAAGAGACAUUCUCGAUGUAGCGGAAAAUCUCCUACCCGAGUCACUCCGUGAAAUUUUCAUCAUGCAGCUGAGCGAGUGUGUUAGAGACAACAGUUUCCUUGAUUGCACACGAGAUAUUGCCUGGCCGACAGUUGGCCAAUUCUACCCGCGACUCCCCAGCUUUCCUAACUUUGGAAAUGGGCCCAGUCUAUCAGAAGACAAGCCUCAACAACCAACAUUCCUUCCGCCAGUUCUCGACACGGCAGCAUCAUUGGCUGAAUUUCCUGGCAUAAAUCAUCCCGAGCACAACCAGCUGCAUCAUUUACCGGAGACCCUGGAGAGCAAGCUGGAAGGUAUGCUGGCUGCUGUCUCAGGACUGAGACUCAACUCGCAAUCAGGGAUUUCUUAUCUCAACACGGAAGACCCCUUGACAUCAGCAUUAAUAACCGGUAAACAAGUGAAGAUUGUGAGAAUGGCUGAGGGUCUGAUUCCAGAAGAAGCUCGUCCAAUGUUUAUCGUCAAGAUGAUGAGUUGUAUUCGAAAAAGUGGUUUUCCCAUAUGUUCACAGGCCGUUGCAUGGCCUACCCUUCGCCAGUUCAUUUCAAAUGUUCCUGAGUUUCCAGAUAUAAGUAAUUUUCUACCUGAACACUCGGAACCCCCCGGCCUGACAACUUUCCAGGAGCACCUGCCUGACACUUCCAACUUAUCACAAUUCGGCCAGAGCCUGGGACAAUUCAGCCCCCAGUUUCAACAUCCACCAAAGUCACCGCACGGUGUGCUUCUUCCCAGCUACACUGCGUCAGUAGGGCCACCCCCAGUGGUUCCAGCCUUCCCGGGCCAGCCAACCGAUAUCUUCGUAGAUAUCUCACAAGAUCGUGUAGUUUUUCCUGAGCCCAACCGUCAACCACUGGAAAGGAAACGAAGGGAAGUUAUUAAUCUACUUGAAAGCGAGCCAAUAGAGAAAACCAACGAAGCACCACUAAACAUCACUGAAUCAGAGCUGCUGGAGUUACUCGUCAAUGCUACAAAAUUCAAUGCGGCAGAACCAUCAAGACCACUGAACCAAUCCUUCGUGCAAUCACUCAACUCAACCAUUAAAGAUUCCCUGACACCCCAGCAGCUAGCCAUCCUCACAAUGGUGGAAAAACUAAAUCUCCAGAGUAGCAGAGGUGUCAUGGGUCAGGUGAUUCGGUGCAUAACGGGCCUGAGCUUCAUCAGGUGCAUGGGAAUAUUUAUGUGGCCCGUCAUCACCUCUACAGUGCCAUCAUUACUAGGUAUUCAGUUGCCAUUUGGACGCUCGGCCCAGGGCACCAAUCAGUUGUAUGGAAUUUCCACUGAAGACCUCGAGAAGGAGCUGUAUGACCGAAAGAAGAUAAUGGAGGAUACGCUAUUCAACUGGUACAAGUCCCUGAGAGAAGAAAAAUUUCAAAGCACUUUGGGUUUCAUCAAGUUCGAGGGCUACGGCGAUGGUAAAAUUAAGAUUAAAUUCGCCAACACCAGAGAAGGACGAGCUAAAGUCAAAGAUCAUAAAAAUUUACCCAGCAUUCUGACUAUAAUCAGCGACAUAAUGGAAGAUGUUCUCAAUACUGACAAAGGGAACCACAAGGUGACUAAGGAGAAGCGCAAGGGAAGAGACUUGAUAUACCGGCCAGCCGACAUUAGUGGAAGGUUAAAAAACGAUGAGAAUGUCGUCAACAUGUUCCUCGAAAAGCUUAAGAUAAACGCAACCGCCGAAGAUCCCCACGUUGUAAACCGAAGGUUUACACCUGAGGAUGCAUAUCGAGCUUUUGAAGUACUCUUUGGUCCGCAGCUGAAAGCUAGGCUCAUUAAGAAGCUUCAACUGCUCGAGGAGAACAACGUGAUACUGUCUGACCAUAAUCCCGGCCACAAUAAACACCAGACUCCAUCGCAGCGACCCAGAGUCAUUCCCCUCGACGUUCAAGAAAAGAAGUCCAACCUGUUCAAUGAAAUUCGUGAGGAGCAGGACAUCAUUGACGCUGAUGGCUUCAAAAAUGAGGAGAAUCAGAAAUCAGGUCUCAUAAUUAAUCUUCCAAAGCUGGAUGAUGAAAUCAUUAGUCAAAAAACCAGUGACACCCUGACUAAUCUUUCACGUCAGAUGAACAAAAACAACAUGUUCCAAAUGAUUCCUGGUAUCGGUUUUGCUGUAACAUUUGUCCUACAAAUGGCACUAGCCCACGCAAGGGCGGCUGCAUCAAUGGCCACGAUGUUGAGUAACAUGGCCAUGGGAACGGCGAUGUUUAGUCUCAUUCGUCAAGCAAUAUUCGGCCAAUCAAAUCAUCCCAAGAUCAAAUACGUCUACGACACCGAUGUUCAGGGGCCAGGCAUUAAUUGGGCCCGUUCAUAAAUCAAUUUAGCUUUUAAUACUCUCAAUUCAUUUAGUUAUUAAUGAUAACACAAGUGGGGAUUGAAUUUCGCAUAUUCGCGAGGGCCUUAUUUUAUACACGGGACUUUGGUGAUGGGUUACAUUACACUUUAUAUAAUUCCAGGAACGUACAUAUCGUAGAUUCAUAGGUUCAUCAGUCAUGUUACAAGAGAGCUAGAAAAACAAGACAAGGCGGUUGUUCUCUUGUAAAUUAACAAGGGAAGAUGCAAAAUCAGCCGACAAAAUAAACGUACUAUUUCUAGCGAUUCUUAUCGCAUCUUGAUCUGUACCACCGUUAAAUCUCAGCAUUUAUAUAUUUUUAUCGCAUUUAAUCAUUACAAUAAAACGAAUCAGUUGUA